AUGGGAGAUGUUUUGCUUAGACACUUUGCUUCACAAAUUGCUGAAGGAAUAAACCAUUAUUGGUAUGGGAGAGAAAAAGAGGCUAAAAGGAUUUUACUUGAUGCUGAAAAAGAGCUUGAAGAUGAAAUUGGCAUAGAAAAAGUUAAAGAUAUAUUGGAUCAGCUUGAUCCAUGGAUGAUUCAAUGGAAAGAUAUAAUAAACCCUCCACCAGAUGACAAACUAAUUUUGAUUUCGCAAGCCCCAAAGCUUGAAUUGAUGCAAAUACGUGAAGUUUUAGAUGAAAGCAUCAUAUGUGACGAAACUUUGCAAUCAGAAAUUGAGAUCGAGCUUGAGAAAGACGACAGUUUGCCUGAAAUCAGCAAUAAAGCAACUAUUGAAAGCGUCUUAAAUUUAUAUUAUGAAGAUAGAAUACAAUGUGCUUAUUUUGAACUAAAUAAGCUGAUAAACGAAUCAAAAAUCGAUUUGCGAAAUUCUCCUAAACUAUUGGAAAUCCAAAAUGACUAUAAUGCGAUACGAAAAAUAUACAAGGAACUAGAAGAUACUGAAGGAUGAAUUACAGACCAUGAUGGCGCUAUAAAAAUCAGCCACAAGUUAGUCCCAGGGUUAGGUUAUUAAAAUCAGGAGUUAGAAAUAUUGGCGACACAGUCAUCAAAGACUUCUCGAACGGGGCUCAAGCCCAAAAUCUUUCCCCAAAGGUGGAGGCCACUUCCGGUACCUUCUGUGUCCUCCUUCAAUCUAGAGUGGGCGGUUCAUGGAUUUCUGCGUAUCUGCUACGGGCGAUUGGUAGCUUGAUUUCAAGGAUCCUUUGAGUCUGCCAGGCGCCGAAGUGCCUUCUUUGACAACUACAGGAAAAAGACUCCUGGUUUUCUCGGUAGAGGAAUCCCCAUGAGUCCUCGGAUUCAAAGAACGUUGUUUAGCAUCUCCAUUUCCAACCAUAGGAAACCUGAAGUCCAUCCCAGUUCGCCAUCACCAUAAGGUCUGGACUAUUGCGCCAAGAGUUCAGGUUGCCACAUAUCGCCAUUUUAAUAAUAUAUCAAGUUAUUUCCAGGGACUCCUACAUGCUCGAUUAUGUCAGAAACAACUUUUGACUUGCCUGUCUUCAACUUAUUGACAUUAAUGUAUGAGACUGAUUUAUAUCCUCUAUGGAUCCCAUUUUGCAAAAAAACAACCUUAGUAUAAUGAAAUCUAGAACUAAUUCUGUUUAAUUUUAUUGCUUUUUAAAACAUAAAUUUAUAAAUUAAAUUAAUAUUUGCUUUCCAAUUUUUGCGAAUUAGGAUUUUUUUUAAAUUUCGAAAAAAAAAUAUUUUUAUAAAAUUUAUAUAUAAAUGUUUUUAAAAAAAUAAAAUUAACCCCCUCUGUGAGUGAACAAAAUUUUUUUAUUCACUCACGGAGGGGGGGGAGUUAGUAAAAAAAUUGCAAGGUCAAGAAAAGUUAUUUUGCAAUAUUAUAAUGUGGCUGGAAUUGCAAAAAGAGAAACGUGCUUAUAUGGAUAUGGAGCUGAUUUAUUAAAAAGUGAUGGAUGUAUUAUGAUUGUUUCAAAUUCCUGUGAUAAAGAAGAUGAAUUUAAAGGAGUAAAGCUGCCCCCUAAAGGAAAAGUAACGAGAGCGAUUGUAAAUUUUUUUGGGUGUGUGAUUAGGCCGAUUAAUAGAAAUAGGACAUAUAUCAAACUUGUAUCAAACUUUGAUCCUGUAUUGAAGUAUUUACCUUAUAGGAUACUGAAUUAUUUUUCAAGAAAAUUGGCAAAAGGAAUGGUAAAAAGAGUAAAAAAAUAUGCUUCAAGGUUUGAAGGGAGCCAAUGGCAAGAAAAUAUGAGCUUGCCUGAAAAUCGAGAUUUUUAUGAGUUUUUAAGCGAUGUGCUUGAAAGUUUUUAUCAAAGUAAAGGAUUAUAG